AUGGAUUAAAAAAAGAAUUGUACCUUUUUCUUUAUCCUGAUUCUCUCGUCAAUAGUCAGAAAAUUACAAAUAAAUGCGUCUAUGGACAUCUAUAAAGGAAAGCAGACUGUUAAAACUCAGGCUUUUGCUUUUGGUAAAAUGAUGUUUGUUUUCUAAACCUGGUGUCCUUUAAAAAGAAGGGGAGGAAACAAAAGAAAAAUGCUAGGUUUUUGCAGAAGAAGACUGUAGAGUUCAAACGUAAUGCAGAUUUUAUUAGGGCUAUUGCUAAACCUUUGUAAAUUGUAAGAUCUUCAGUAAAGAUAAUUGUUAAUAUGGUUAUUGCAUUUGGAUUUAAAAAAUGGAAAAAAAAUGUUUAGAUAUAAAUUCUUGUGAAGAACUUCCAAUCUAUUUAAGGAGUUACCAUGUGCAAAGAAGAUCUUGAUGGCUAUACUGUAGAUGAUAAAGGUCAUGGAUGUAUAAAAUUAAAAGAAUUACGUUCGUAAUACUAAUAUGAUUUUCAAUGUUUUAAAAGUAAUUAAAAGUUAAAUUGUUGUUUUUGAGAUUAUAAAAAUGAAAAAAGUGUUGAAAAAAUUUGUGAAAAUCUACCUUUUACUUAAGAUUAUGAAUGCAAAUCUUAUAUGA